AUGCCUGCCCCCGAUGAAUCGUUUUCGGAGAAAAAACACACCAGCAGCUCAUACAGGGAUGAGCUUGCGCAUUACAAGGCUCAGUAUGAGCAGUUAGAGUCAGAGCUUGCGGACUUUCAGGUCUCCAGCCGGGAGCUGGAGACUGAGCUGGAGAAGGACAUUGAAGCUUCGGAGAAGCGAGAGCGCCAGCUGAAAGAGAAAGUGGAUACACUGCGAUACGAGGUUGAUGAAUGGAAGACCAAGUACAAGCAGUCCAAAUCCGAAGCCAAUGCUGCCCAAAACACCCUGCAAAAAGAAAUCACCUCUCUCCGUGAUACGAGCCGAACCCUCCAACUGAAGCUGCGUGACAUUGAAGUUGCCAACGAUGACUAUGAAAGACAAGCCCGUAAUACCACCUCGUCCCUGGAGGACAUGGAAUCCAAGUUCAACAUGGCCAUUGAACGUGGAGUACUGCUGGAGGAGGAGAUGAGAAGUGGUGAUCAAGAGCGAGAGGGUCUACGGAUAGACAACCAGCGUCUUCGCGAUGAGCUCUCCGAUCUGAAGGUUGAAGCUGAGAUUGUUCAAGAGAGACUGCGACACGCCGAGGGCGGAGGGUACCGUCGUCGCAAGCCGACUCCCUUGUAUCGCAGUCCAUCCACUCCACAGCAUUUCGAGAUUUUCGAUCGGUCUCCCGGAACAGCAACAUCAUCUCCAGUUUUUGCAACACCCCCUGCUAAGUCAACAUUGACAGCUUCUACUGCGACUCCUCCUUCACCUCCUAUGUCAGAGGCUUCGACAAAUUUCCGCAAGUCUAUCAACGCUACUCCUACGUUCCCUCGAACCAGAGUCACUGGAACAGAUGCUAUCAAUUCUCGAACCUUGCACAAUGCGAGAACUCAGCCACGCCCUACUCAUUCCCGAACCUCCUCUCUUGCCUACAGCAGCGCCCCCCGCUCCACUACCCCCUCCAUCAGUUCUCGCAACAGCAUGACGAGAAUGAAUACCCCCCGCCCUUCAGGAUUACCCAAGUCUGGCUCACUAUACCAGAUUCGGGGCCUUAUUGGCAAAAUGCAGAAGCUCGAGGAACGAGUACAGUCUGCUAAGUCGCGACUGCCGGCUCCUUCAGAUACUUCAUCUCGUGGCUCUCCUCGGUCCGGUUCGCUUAUCGGAGACAGCCCAGUUCCUUCAACUGUCACCGUACGACGAAGCUCUCGAAAGCGAUUGAGUGGUAGUAGCUUUGGUUCAUCAGUGCGAGACAGCGAAGACACCCCUUCCUACCUUCCCCAGAGCCGUCAAUCAUUCGGUGCGCGGACAGGAGAUAGUCGCCCAAGCAGCCGGACUAGCUUCUCUAGUCGGAGUUCCUUCAGCCAAAGUGUUCACUCAGGCGUUCCCGUCCGACCAGAAAGCCGACAGAGCCGACCUGGUGCUAAGACCCCAUUGGGUCAUUACUCGACCAACCCAACUACUGAAAGUCGACGGCCCCGUUCCUCUUUGAGUAAUCACAAUGGCCAAACACCUUCUGUCGGUAGUAUGUCUAACAUUGACGAGGACCGUGACGUCUCCACGCCGAUUUCCCGUAUCCCGCUAGAUCUGCGACGGCCAUCAGUCUCGGGAAUCGCAACCCCAAGUGGGCUAAAGAAGCGUACCACUAGUGGUGUUUCAGCCAUCCCCACACCCCGGAGUUUCAAAUCAAGCAUUGGCCCAGGGAUGAAACCGCCUGGGAAGCAGGUGAAUGAUUUGGGGGAGACCUUUUAA